UAAUAAAAAAUAAAAACAAGUCUUGGAGGGCCCACUUUUUUUUGGAAAUAUUAGUUUUAUUUAUUAAUUUUAUUAUAAAAUGGAUUUUUCUGUAACAGAAACAAAACCCAGCCAACCCAAGACUGUCUCAACAUCAGCCAAGUUUUUAAUUUUUGCCACUGGCGGUGUGGGAGUGGGUUUGUCGGUUAUUUGUUAUUCUUUCGUAGCUCCAGCAUUUCGUCGCAUUUGCCUUCCCUAUGUUCCAGCAACCACGGAACAAGUUAAUAAUGUUCUUCAAUUUCUACCGCGCAAUACACCUAAACGUUUGCUGGAUAUUGGUUCUGGCGAUGGAAGAAUAGUUUUGGCUACAGCAAAACAUGGUCUGCAAUCUGAUGGAGUUGAAUUAAAUCCUUGGUUAGUGUGGUGGUCACGUAUAGCGGCUUUACGAGAGGGUGUUGGAUCGAAAACUAAAUUUUUUCGUAAAGAUUUGUGGAAAUUUGAUUUGAAAACCUAUGAUUAUGUUGUCAUAUUUGGUGUCGAACAAAUGAUGAAAGAUUUAGAGACAAAACUAAUCGCUGAAGCACCCAAUUCCAAAGUAAUAGCCUGUCGUUUUCCCCUACCCAAUUUGGAACCUUUAAAAACCAUUGACGAAGGUGUCAAUACCGUGUGGUUUUAUGAUCUUAGCAAAAUGUCUCCACUUAACAACUCAAACAAAAACCAAAGUUAAUAAAACACAGUUCAGUGCUUA